GGGUCAGCGUGGGCGGCCCCGUGUGGCAGGAGGAUAGCGAAACACGACACCCCGGCCGCGCACGGAGGAGGAGGCGGGGGGUGUGCUGGAGAGAACACGAAGGGACUGAGUGGAAAAAAAAGGAGAGAAAGAGGGGGCACACACAGAAAGAAGUGAGUUGGCUUCGGUACUUUUGUUCCUCCUCCUCCUCUUCCACCACCACCACCACGAAGCGCGGCUGUUUGUCAGGAGGAAGAUGCUGCUGCUGCCCCGGAGCGCUCCAACAUGCGACACCGCUGCCUGAGCGCCAGCAGUGAACAUUUCAAGCCGCCACAUUCCGUCGCUCCAGCAGCGGCCAACGGCAGCGCCGAGCGACUCCUCCAAACUUUCCCCACUCAGACUCGCUGAGCACUGGCUCCCCCCACCACCGCCACCACGGCUCCACGGGCUCCGGGACAACUUUACUGAAAGCAAAAAAAAAAAACCCGACACGAUUCAGAGCGAAACGCAGAUGUUUUAAAAACUCCGCUCGGACUUUUUUGUUUGGUUUUUUUUUUACCGGGGGGAGGAGGGCUCUUUUUUUCCGGCUCUUUUCUGGCCAGAACAACGCCGAAGGAGACGGAGUGCGGAGCGGCUGCUAACUCAGCUAAAAGCUACCGUCUGAAGUUACCCGUCGACGGGAAAAGUGACGGAGGGAGCCGCCGAAGACCCGGAGAAAGAUGAAAACCCCGGCAGAGACGGGGUUUGCCUUUCCAGAAUGGGCCUACAAGCCGGAGUCGAGCCCGGGCUCCAGGCAGAUCCAGCUGUGGCACUUCAUCCUGGAGCUGCUGAGGAAGCAGGAGUACAACGACGUCAUCGCCUGGCAGGGGGACUACGGCGAGUUCGUCAUCAAGGACCCGGACGAGGUGGCCCGCCUGUGGGGGGCCAGGAAGUGCAAACCACAGAUGAACUAUGACAAGCUCAGCCGAGCCCUCAGAUACUACUACAACAAGAGGAUCCUCCACAAGACCAAAGGGAAGAGGUUCACCUACAAGUUCAACUUCAACAAACUGGUGCUGGUCAAUUACCCGUUCAUCGACAUGGGCUCUGGUCGCGGCGUCCCCCAGAGCGCCCCUCCCGUCCCGACCGGGGGGACCCACUUCCGCUUCCCGCCCUCCACGCCGUCGGACGUCCUCUCCUCCAGCGAGGAGCUGCGCAGCCCCGGCGUCUUCAGCACCGUGGCCCGCCGCAUGGCCCGCGGCUCCGUCAGCGACUGCAGCGACGGCACCUCCACCAACUCGGAGCUGGAGGAGGCCGCGGGGGCCGACGAGCGAGCCGUCGGGGCCGACAGAGCCUUCCGGGGGCUGCUGGCCCCCCGUCUGCCCCACGAGUCGUUUUUCCGUUUCUACGGGGGCCACCCCAACCCCGCCGGGCUGGCCAGGCAUGCACCCAGGGGCCACCCGGAGCCUCUGUCCCCCUUCCCCGUCUCCCCUCUGCCCGGUCCUGGAGGCCUGCUGGGCUCGACUCUGUCCCCGGCUCUGUCCAUGACCCCCACCCCCCACCUGGCCUACACCCCCUCCCCGUCCCUGUCGUCCCCCAUGAUGGGCUCCCACUUCUCCUUCAACCCGGAGGACAUGAAGCACUACCUGCAGGCCCACACCCAGUCCGUCUACAACUACCACCUCAGCCCCCGGGCCUUCCUCCACUACCCCAACAUCGUCGUCCCCCAGCCCCACCGCCCCACGCCAGAGAAGCCCGCCGCCCACCACCUGCAGGGCCCCCCCAUGCCGCUGCCGCUCAGCCAGCAGCCGGGAGGCGCCGACGACGGCCACCCCUCGCCGUUCAAGUUCAAGCUGCAGCCGCCGCCGCCCGGACGCAAGCAUCGGGAGGCGGGGAGCUCCCUGGCCGCCUCCUCUUCCUCCGCUCACUCCUCCAUGUUCACCGGUCCGGUUACGGGUUCUGCUGCGGGGGGAGCGCCGCCUAAGAUCAAGGUGGAGCCCGUCUCCGAUCUGUCCGAGGAAGACGUGGAGGUGACCGACAUCAGCGAGGAGGAAGAGCUGAACCAGAACAGCGAGGACGACGAAGAGGCCGCGUCCCCUCCUCUGGCGCGCGGCGGCCGUCCUCGUCUCCUGAACAGCCGCGGCAGCCCCUCCGGUCCGCCGCCGCCGCACAUACACCCCGAAGACGACCCCGACGAGGACGAGGAGGUCUUCAAAACGCCCGCCACCCCUCCCCCCGGCAGCCUGGCCUUCCCAUUGGUCGGCCUGAAGACCGAGCCCGGCGUGGCGGCGGCGGCGGCGCCCGUCAGCCCCGGCGGCACGCGCUGCAUCCCGCUGAAGCUGCGCUUCAAGCGCCGCUGGAGCGAGGACCAGCGGAUGGAGGCGGACGGCGAGAGGGACGAGGCGGAGGACAAGAAGGUCAGAGGCGAGGGAGAGGAGGAUGACGACGCGGGAGGAAGAGGCGUGGUCCUGGGUCUGAUGCUGCCGCCGCCGCCCACCCAGCGCCGGGCGAGCUCCGAGCUGCAGAGGGCCACGGCGCAGCUGUCGCUGGAAAACGCCGGCUGCUGAGCCCGCGGACAAACGAACACGCGUGUGGGAUUCUGCAGAACCUGGAGCGGUCCGGACGUCUAGCAUUAGUAAACAGUAGCAGGUUUGAAUUUAAUGUUUUAAAAAGAAAAAAAAAAAAAAAAAAGAAGGGGGUAAAACCGAACCGUUUUUUGGUUCUUUGCUUUUAUCUGAACCCGUUUGUGUCGUUGGCAGGAAGAUUAGUCUCUGUGCAAUAAGUGGAGGAGGUUCCGACCCGUCAGCUCCUCAGAUUAGCUAAGCGAACAAAAUAUCGUCCAGCGACGCCACGAGGCGCCGCUCGGUGUCUCAUCAUCGUCUUUAACACUAAGAGAAAUCCAAACUCGGUUCAGAUCGCAGGUCCGGCCUCCAACCUGCAGCCUGCGCAGAGAUUACAGAGGAGCCUUCCUGCCGCGGCGCCGCCAUGCAGCCGGUUUACGAGGCGAGGAAGACGGACGCUUGGAUCCGUGACGCCGUUUGAUCCUCUGCAGGUUCUCCUCGCUCGUAGAGACGACAGCAGCUUCUGAGCAGGACUGAAACCAGCGGCUUUCCUCUGAGGGCAUUUUCAGCGUUGUUGCCUUCAAGCUCGUCCAUCAUCGGCUUCUUCUUCUUCUUCUUCUUUUGUUUUUAUAUAAUGAAAAGACUUUGUUUUGUUUUUUUUCUUGAUGAAAUGGACAGUAUUCUUUGGGCAUUUGCAGAGAUGAUGAAAACAAACUGAUUAGUGUCUAUGUGGGUUGGGGGGGGGGGGAACAUGUAAUGAAUGUGGAGCAUCAAGGCUAACUCAGGCAAACCUUCACUGAGAUAGAAAACUUAUAUUUUUAACCCGUUUUAUGAAUCAGAUUUAAAAAGAGAUCGUGCCUUUUUCGUCGGCUUUCUCCCCCAGGAACGCAUCGUCGCUCGCUCAGAAAAACCGCCAUGCCUUCGGCUUUUUGUAAAACUUAACAUAUAUAUUUUAUUCAAAUAUAUAUAUAUAUAUCAGAAUCGAAUACUCUAUUUCAAUAUGGUCAUUUGAUACGAAUUAGGGAAAUCCUCCUAUUUUUUAAUAAUAAAGAUGUGUAAAUAAAUAUAUAUUCCGAUGGGUAUAUUUCUGCCUUAAGCUGCAGCGGCGC